AUGCCUAUCACCAACAAGGAGGCUGCGCCCGGUGCCGCCAUGAAGGCUGAGAUCGUGGACUACACUAAGGCCCUCGAGGUCGUUAAGACCUAUGCUACUCAGGAUGGUCUUGAUGUUGAUACUCUUCUUGACUCCGACAAGCACGGAGCUCUGACUUACAACGAUUUCCUCAUUCUCCCCGGUUACAUUGGUUUCCCUGCUUCCGAUGUUUCCCUUGACACUCCCGUCACUAAGCGUAUCUCGCUGAAGGCUCCCCUUGUCUCCUCCCCCAUGGACACUGUCACUGAGCACAACAUGGCUAUCCACAUGGCCCUGCUCGGUGGUCUCGGUGUUAUCCACAACAACUGUGCCCCCGAGGACCAGGCCGAGAUGGUCCGCAAGGUCAAGAGAUACGAGAAUGGUUUCAUCUUGGACCCCGUCGUUCUUGCACCCACUGCUACCGUCGGUGAGGCCAAGGACCUCAAGGCCAAGUGGGGCUUCGGUGGUUUCCCCGUCACUGAGGACGGUACCCUCCGCUCCAAGCUCAUUGGUAUGGUCACUUCCCGUGACAUCCAGUUCCAGCAGGACCUCGGUGCUCCUGUGACCACUAUUAUGGCCACUGACCUGGUUACCGCCCCCGCCGGUACUACCCUGGCUGAGGCCAACGAUGUCCUGCGCCAGUCUAAGAAGGGCAAGCUGCCCAUCAUUGAUUCCAACGGCAACCUUAUCUCUCUGCUGUCCCGCUCGGACUUGAUGAAGAACCUGCACUACCCUCUUGCCUCCAAGCUCCCCGAUUCCAAGCAACUCAUCUGUGCUGCCGCCAUCGGAACCCGCGAGGAGGACAAGACCCGUCUUAAGCUUCUUGUUGAGGCCGGCCUCGAUAUUGUUAUCCUUGACAGCAGUCAGGGUAACAGCAUGUUCAUGAUCCACAUGGUCAAGUACGCUAAGGAGACCUUCCCCGAGAUUGAUGUUAUUGCCGGUAACGUUGUUACCCGGGAGCAGGCUGCUUCCUUGAUUGCCGCCGGUGCCGAUGGCCUGAGAAUUGGCAUGGGCAGCGGUAGCGCUUGCAUUACUCAAGAGGUCAUGGCUGUUGGCCGUCCUCAGGCCGCCGCUGUUCGCAGCGUCGCCAACUUCGCUGCCCGCUUCGGUGUUCCCUGUAUCGCUGACGGUGGUGUCCAGAACGUUGGUCACAUUGUCAAGGGUCUGGCCAUGGGUGCUAGCACCGUCAUGAUGGGUGGUCUCCUUGCCGGUACCACUGAGUCUCCUGGCGAGUACUACGUCAGCAACGAAGGUCAGCUCGUCAAGGCCUACCGUGGUAUGGGCAGUAUCGCUGCCAUGGAGGAUAAGAAGGCUGCCGGUAGCAACAAGGACAGCCGUGCUAGCAACGCCGGUACCGCUCGCUACUUCUCCGAGAAGGACCGUGUCCUGGUCGCCCAGGGUGUCGCUGGUUCCGUUCUGGACCGUGGCUCCGUCACCAAGUUUAUCCCCUACCUCUUUGCCGGUGUUCAGCACUCUCUGCAGGACAUUGGUGUCAAGAGCCUCGAUGCUCUGCACGACGACGUCAACUCCGGUGCUGUGCGCUUUGAGAUGAGAAGUGCCAGUGCUAUGGCUGAGGGUAACGUCCACGGCCUCCACAGCUACGACAAGAAGCUCUACGUGUAA